AUGGUCACAAUGGUUUCUCUAGCUGGAAGACUAUCAUUUUGUUUAACAAAUGUCAUUGAUCACUGUUUUUGUGAACACAUGGCAUUGGUUCAGUUAGCAUGUGGAGAUAUAUCUAUUAAUAAUAUUGUAGGACUUGUGUCUGCUUUCCUUAUUCCAGCAGCCGAUUUUAUUCUUAUUACUGUUUCUUAUGUUGUGAUUUUUACCUCUGUGUUGAAAUCUGGAAAAGCUCACAUAAAGGCCUUGAACACCUGUAUUACUCACUUAAUUAUCCUGUCAAUUAGUUUGUUUUCUGCUUUGAUUGCAUUUUUGUCAUACAGAAUAAGAAAUAACAUUUCUUCCAACAACCGUAUAUUCAUAAGUAUCUUAUACUUAUUUUUUCCAAGUUGUUUUAACCCAAUAAUCUAUGGUUGGAGAACAAAAGAAAUAAGACUAUCAUUUCUGAAGUUUAUAAACAAUGCAAAGGUAUUUGCUUUAAAAAAAAAUGAAUGGCUUUUAUUAAAGAAUGGAUACUACAACAGGAUAAUACAGUGCAUUGAAAACACAUCCUUAAUAAAAGAAGCUAUUGCUUUGAGGGAAGAAAGCUAUAUGAUAUCUUGUAGAUAA